AGAUACAAGCCUCAAGAAAGGACUUGUCAGUUUCCUAUCUUCUUGACUUGGAGCCGGCCCACAAUGCCUGAUAUCGCGAAGUCCGAUAUUUCUCCCAACCUCGACCGGGACAAGAUGUUUAACGAGCUGUGGUGGUUGAACUAUUGCUUCUGUGAAGGUGUUGGCAUCGGUGCAGUGGGAAAUCCGUUCUUUGGUGGGGAGGCUGUCAACAUUUGCCUCCACUCCAAAUGUGAGAUGACGGACAUUGGUGAUCCCUUCUGCUCCAACAUGCGUGUUUGCUUGUGCCUCACGGAUCAGUGCUCCCUUCCACCAGCUCCUGGCUCACCCAUUUGUGUUUGCUUCAACAAAAAGCUUGCGGGUGAUGAUGGUUGGAGUGGACAGCAACUCUUCGACUGGAGCACGAACUUUGGUGACACCUUCUGGCUCUACUACAUCUUCUGCAUGGGUCUGGGAUUCUCUGCCCCUCAAGCCAAUGGCCGUCCGUUCUUCGCUGUGCAGACCAAGGAGCUGUGCAUCAAGGGUGGAACCAAGUUGGCCAUGCCCAUGGAAGGUGGCAAACUGUGCUCCGCGGUGAGCACUCGCCUGUGCUUCUGGGAUCAAUGCGCCAUGCCGCCAGCUGAGGGGGCACCUAUGUUUGUGUGCUUCAACUUGCUGAACCCCAAGUCCGGGGCAAAGCCAUUGGCAUACGGAUCAUAGA